AUGGAACAGUCCCCAAAGCUCCUUUCAAAUGAGAUACGGCUGUUAAACCUCCUGCCCGGCAAGUGGUUCGACCCGAUCCACUGUACAUGGCAGAUCGUCUCACUCAAUGGAAAUCCCAAAUACAAGGCCCUAUCGUAUGUAUGGGGCCGGUCGAAACAUUCGCAACCGAUCUACUUGAACGGUUCCCCGAUACAUAUAACUAAGCAUCUCCGACGUGCUCUACAGCAGCUACGCAGUGGCAGUGAGGCUGUCUGCCUGUGGGUUGACGCUGUCUGCAUAAAUCAAUCGGACGAUGAAGAGAAGACGGAACAAGUAAAGAUGAUGGGCAAGAUCUACGCUCAAAGCCAAGAGGUGGUUGUUUAUCUGGGGGAUGCCUUCGCUCCGAGCUUUUCCCAAUCCUUUAACACCCCUUCAGACACGAGAGACGCCGUAUCACAUACAAUGACACCCCGCGAAUAUUAUUCUAUGUCGGUUUCCAACGAAAUGGAUACGGGCCUCGUCUGGCGAAGGCCUUUGAGCCAUAAGGAUGGGAGCUAUCUCCUCUGUUUCAUUCAACUUCUAGCAGAUGGGGUUGAUAUGGACAGAUUUAUAGCGGGUACUGAUCAAGGCAGCUUAGACGACGUGAUGGAAGCGUUAAGACUUUUUCUUUCCGCAGUUCCUUGGUGGAAAAGGGUCUGGGUCAUCCAAGAGGUAGUCAUCCCCAGCAAAAUAAUGAUCUUGUAUGGCUCUAUGAUCGCUCCAUGGGAGACAUUUGUCAAGGCUGCGAACCGCGUGCAUGAAAAUGCUGGGAAGGUGAUCCCCUCACUCACGCCAAGCGAUGUGAAGUUUCUCGUUGAAUUCUCUCGACGAAUCCGCGGCAUUGAGUCCAUCCGAAACCGAUGGCAGAGUCCCGAGCAAAUAACAUUGGUACAGCUUCUGCGCCAAUUCAGCGGCAGGAAGGCAACAGACCCCAGAGAUAAGGUCUACGCUCUACUUGGUCUUGCCAAGGACAAACCCUCGGUUGAGCCUAACUAUGCCGCUGCAGAGCUGGAUGUCUUAGCUGAUACGACACUGGAUAUCAUAUCCAGAUCGGGGAGCCUCGAUGUGUGGGCGGGGGAUUUCACAAUGAAGGAUAACCACGCAAUUCCCUCGUGGAUUCCUGAUUGGAGUUCCCCUCCGGACACCUUCAUACAAAGCCGGAUUGAGAAUGUGAAACAUUACAAUGCCUGCAAAAAUUCCCCAGUAUAUGUGCAAUUGCAAUCAUCGAAGGAGUUCAGCACUGUCUAUGAAUACAUCACCCGGAUUGACAGCAAACAAGAAGAGGGAGACAAACCGGAUGAUGUAAUCAGGAACUGGAUUCAAACUCACUCGCCUUCGUUCACUUCUGCACCGUGGGCUGACCCGCUGCGUGCAUACCAGAACGGCCAUAUUGGCCGUGAGCAGGGCCUUGAAGUAAUUGAAGCGUACUACAAUACUCGAGGCGAAACCGGGUUUUUGCGACACCAUGGAAAAGGGGUCGUCUCCUUGCCAGGUUUGCUACUAGACUCAGUCUUGAUAGUUGGGGAAACGAUGUGGUCUGACACAGCACUGAUUUCGACACUCAACGCUUGGCAUGAGAUGAUCGCCAAAUCUACGAUCACUUGGGAAGACUUCGAGAGCACUAUAUGCGCUGACCUAGUUUCUAAUACUGUAGCUGGUCAAUGUCAACGACUGUCUCCGCGAGACAGAGAUCUUAUCCGAACAUGGUUGGCGAAGGAAAUCUCACACUUUAGCGUUCCAGGUAACACCUCACUAGGUCGCUCUCUAGAUACCCUUGGUCUCGAUGUGUCGGGUCUAGAUGCACCUGGUCUAGGUGCCCAGGAGUCAUAUAGCAUUCGCAAUUCUAUCAUGCAAGCCACCUACCGUCGAAAGUUUUUUGUUACACUUGAAGGAAGAAUUGGCCUAUGUCCUGCCGGUACAAAGAGACAUGACCCUGUUUGCAUAUUCCCAGGAGGUAGAACGCCAUUCAUUCUCCGACGUCGUCCCACUGAGGACAUAAGGGCGAGAGAGAAACGACGUUGGUACCCCUGUAUUCAACUGCCUUCACCAGCGUACGAGCUCCUUGGGGAUUGUUAUGUUCAUAAACUGAUGGACGGCGAAGCCAUGCAUAUCUGGGAGGACCUUGGUCCCAGCCACAACCAAUUGAAAAUCGAGUCCCAUGGGAGGCCGAACGCUCAUGUCAGCGUUUAUCAGGAGAUACACGAAGACUUGCAACUGGCUAGGCGCAGGUCCAUGCUUGACGCUGACCUUUCACAUAGAUGGGAUAUCGCCAGUCGAGAUUAUGAAAGACUGGCCCGGAGCUGGGAAUAUGUUAAGAAGAAAUGCGAGGAAACCUGGAUGGCGUGGUCGAAAAUGUUUGAUUACGACGAACGUUCUCUCUGGCGAGUUCCAUUCGGAGAAUGGUCCAACAACCUGCAGGCUUCCAUUUCUGGCAUGCGGGAAUGGCAGAGUAGUAGGGUGCGUUCGCAAGGCUCUUUGCAAGCCUAUAUGCAGCUGCUUCCUAUGGGAUCCCCUAACCCAAGGGGGCUAGCUGAACGCUGCGAAAAAGCGGUUAGAAUUGCAGAAAGAGGCUUACGCUUCGAGGAGAUACCCUUGGAGAGCAGUGUUCUUAUUGAGACAGAGAAGGUACGAAGGAGAUUGGCCCUGGAGAUCCUAGGCCCUAUGGCGGACAAGGUGGCCAUGGUUGUCCUGGUUUGA